ACUCCAUCUGUCCAAAAUUACUAUCUAGCUUGAAUUUGCAAUUUUAGUUCAAAUAUUAUCCUUAAAUUAUUUGAACUAAAUGUGAAAAUCUAAACUGGACAAUAAUUUCUGAACAGUAAUUAACUUAUAAAUGAAAAUCUGAACUAGAUAAUAAUUUUUGGACUUAGGGAGUAAUUAGUUUUCAUUCUUAUUGUUAUAUAUAUGGCCCUUGGCCGAGGUAAGAUGUAAGUUACGUGUGGAGAAAACAAGUAAACUACUCAACAUGACUAGUGUUCAAAAGCAUUUCUCUCUUUCAUCAUUGUAUCUUCUUCUGUUUUCAUGCUUUCUCACAGUUUCUUCAUCCAUAACAACAAUCACCAAUAUCACCACCGAUCAGCUUGCCCUUCUGGCCCUAAAAUCCCAGAUAACCGAAUCAUCUUCAACCCAAAUACUUGCGAAAAAUUGGACAAUGGAUUCACCUGUUUGUAGCUGGAUUGGAGUUUCUUGUGGAUCUCAAAAUCGGAGAGUUACCGCCUUAGAUCUUUCCAACAUGAAUCUCACCGGAACCCUACUUCCUCACCUCGGGAACCUCACAUUUCUCGUUUCUCUCAACCUGAGCGCCAACAAUUUCAACGGAGAAUUACCCGAUGAGUUUUCCCGGUUUCGCCGGCUAAAAGCGCUGAAUCUGAGCUUGAACCAUCUGAACGGACAGUUCCCGCAAUGGAUUGGCUCAUUAGAAGAGCUGGAAUACUUCUCCGUUUUCAACAACAGCUUCACCGGAGAAAUCCCGGAAUCCAUCUCUAAUAUGUCUAAGUUAACAGCUUUUGUUGCUUCUUAUAACAAACUGCAGGGAAAGAUUCCACAAGAAAUCUUUAACAUGUCGGUUUUGGAAAGGAUAUCCUUGAGUGCAAAUAGCUUUUCAUCUGGUUCCUCACUUCCGGAUAACUUGUGUCAUCUUCUUCCGGUCCUCAAAAGGCUGGAUUUGAAAGGGGCGGGAUUGACUGGUCAAAUACCAUCAACCAUAGGCUUAUGUUCUCAGCUUCAACGCCUAGUUCUUCCUUCGAACUCUCUUAAUGGAUUGAUUCCAAGAGAAAUUGGACUCUUGAAAGGGGUUUUUUUGCUUGAUCUGGGAAACAAUCGAUUGGAAGGUGCGAUCCCAAGAGAAAUCGGAAAUAUGUCACUCUUGCAAAUUCUGAACAUCGACAACAACAAUUUGACUGGAGUUAUACCGGAAGAGAUCGGAAAGUUAUCCAGUAUUCAACAAAUCUACUUGGGAAACAACACUUUAACUGGUUCUAUUCCGGCAAAUAUCUUCAACCUCUCCGCCGUAAUGUGGAUCGAUUUAAGAAGAAAUAAUCUUUUCGGCAAUCUCCCGUCAACAAUGGGUUAUACCCUCCCUUCCUUAAGAGAACUUUAUCUCGGCUCAAAUAUGAUUAGUGGAGUUUUACCAAAUUCAAUCUCAAAUUGCUCCAAUCUUUCGGUGCUAGAACUUUUCGAAAACCAUUUCAGUGGUCCAAUUCCUAACUUCCUUGGAGAUCUUCCCUUUCUUCGAUGCUUGCAUCUCCAAAACAACAAGUUCACCAGAGAACCUUCCUCACAAGUGUUGAACUUCAUGAUCUCAUUGGCAAAUUCCAAAUCUUUGCAAGAUUUAACUUUGGACGACAAUCCACUUGAUGGUUUUUUGCCUGAUUCUCCUGGAAAUACUUCUUCUGCACUUGAAAGGGUAUAUGCUUCCAAUUGUAAAAUCAAGGGUGCAAUUCCAAACUGGAUGGGAAAUUUUGGCAGCUUGCAUACAUUAGUCCUGGUGAAUAAUGAGAUAACGGGGUCAUUUCCGAAUUCGAUGAGAAGUUUGCAGAAUCUUCAACGUGUGAAUUUCCGUGGAAAUAAAAUGAGUAUUUCUCUAGAUUUUUUCUGCGCUUUCCCGCAACUAGGGUAUUUAAGUUUGGGAGAGAAUCUUAUUAUUGGGGGUGUUAUUCCUGAUUGUUUGGCAUAUAAUACUUCCAUGAGAAAUCUUUACCUUAGUUCCACUGGUUUAAACACUACUCUACCUAUGAGUAUAUGGAACCUGAAAGAUCUAUUAGAGCUCAACCUUUCUUCCAAUUCACUAAGCGGUUCUCUACCCCCGGAAAUCAGUAACUUGAAAAUGGCAACUAGAAUUGACUUCUCUAGAAAUUACUUCUGCGGCAAAAUUCCUAGUACUAUUGAGGGUUUACAAAGCUUGCAAAAUUUUUCCUUAGCCCACAACCAGUUGGAAGGACAAAUCCCUGAGACAAUUGGUGAAAUGCUUAGUUUGGAAUGGUUGGAUUUGUCUUACAACCGUUUAUCUGGUCCUCUACCAAUGUCGUUAGAAAAGCUUCAAGAUCUUACUUUCUUCAAUGUCUCUUAUAACAAGUUAAGUGGAGAAAUUCCUUCUGUAAGGCCAUUCACAAACUUGCCGGCUGAAUCUUUUAUUUCGAAUCGAGCACUAUGUGGAGAUCAAAGAUUUAAUGUCCCACCAUGCCGACAUCCUAGUGGAAAUAAGCAGAAACUGCUAAUAAUUUUGGUUGUGGUGGCUAUUAUAGCCGGUAUCAUGUGCAUAGUUUUGAUUUUCCUUAAGUGUGGAAGAAAAGUUAAAGCAGCUAAUGGUGAUGAGAAAGGUACACAACCAGAUUCAGAGGACAGAAUAUCGUAUUACAAACUUCUGAAAGCAACAGAGGGCUACAAUCAGAAUAAUUUGUUGGGUAUUGGAAGCUUUGGAUCGGUUCACAAAGGUACCCUUGAGGAUGGUACAAUUGUAGCUGUGAAAGUGUUCAAUUUGCAUAGUGAAGGAUCAUUUGAGAGUUUUGACACGGAGUGCGAGGUAUUGCGUAACCUUCGUCAUCGAAACCUAACAAAAGUCAUUAGUAGUUGUUCUAAUCAUGACUUCAAAGCAUUGGUUCUUGAGUACAUGUCCAAUGGGAACCUUGAUAGGUGGUUGUACUCGGCAAAUUGUUUUCUCAAUGUUAAGCAACGAUUGGACAUACUUAUCGAUGUGGCUUGUGCCCUACAAUAUCUUCAUUGUGGUUAUUCAACAACAAUUGCCCAUUGUGAUUUAAAGCCUAGUAAUGUCCUUCUUGAUCAAGAAAUGACUGCUCAUGUAAGCGAUUUUGGCAUGGCAAAAUUGUUGGGACAUGAGGAUGGCAUCACAUACACAAAAACGCUAUCCACGCUUUGGUAUGUUGCCCCAGAGUACGCUUCUGAAGGUUUGAUUUCGACAAGAUGCGAUAUUUAUAGUUUUGGGAUCAUGAUGAUGGAGGUCUUUACAGGAAGGCACCCUUCCAAUGAAAUGUUCGGGGAAAACAUGAGUUUGAGGAGUUGGGUGCUAGAGUCUAUGCCUGAUAGACUGUCUAAUGUUAUCAGUGCUGAUUUGCUAUCCACAUUCGAAAAACACUUUUCUGAAAUGCUGGAUGGAAUUUGUUCAAUUAUGAAUGUGGCUCUCAUUUGCACACAUGUAAAUCCAAGGGAGCGAAGCAACAUAGAAGAAGUUUUGGCAAGUUUGAAUAAAAUACGGCGGCAACUACUGCCAUAUAUGGUUGAGGAGUGAAUGUUCUUUAAAUGUAAUGUCUGUAUAUAUGAAUUUUUGUGUAUCCAAACUUGCUUCACACAGUAACUUUUGUGUUAUUUUUUAAAUUACUCACAUUUGAAAUAAAGCACAAUUCUGAUUAAGUUUCAUGGGAACAUUAAGAAAAGGAUACAAAGAAAUUCAUACACGAACGAAAUUAAGCAGAGAG